AUGGGCCGACAGCCGGCACCAGAGCGGCUUGAUCUAGGGCGAGUGUCGAACGGUUUCUUAUAUUUCGACUGGUUUGCAAUUCCGCAGAUCACCGCGCGCCAAGCAGGGACAAACGAAGAUAUCACGAAGUCGGAUGCUGCACGAGCAGUCCGAAGCAUUCCAGCGUAUGUGGAAGCGGCAGAGUUGUUCAUUGCUGCCGUGCCUGGUUCGAGACAUUCAUCGACUGGUGCUGAGUGCAACUAUCUGUCGUGGAUGUCACGAGGGUGGUGUAGAGCAGAGUUGUGGUGCCAUGUGCUGUCCAACAAAGCCGACACCAGUUUGAUCGUCGUGAAAUCGGCGAAGGACGUGCAAUACAUGCUGUCUGUAGAAUUACAUAGAAACCUGAUCGCCGACGGCAAGUUCACGGUGGAAGCAGACAGAGCUAGUGUCAUGGAGAUUGGUGAAGUGGCUUUAAACAGUAAGAUAUCUCAUCUAUCCUCUCUGGGCCGAAUGACCACAUAUCGAUACUAUGUCGCCAACCGGGAGAAAUUUCUGAGUACCCCGAAGAAGCUUUGGGAUGAAUCGACUUUCCUACAUCAGUUCCGAUUCGGCAGCCUUUCCAGCGCCGCCUGUGAACGGCGCGGCAUGAACGGACUGAUGUGCGCAGUGCUCGCGGGCGACGCGAACAUGGUGCGAACGCUGGUGCGACUGGGAGCAGACGUCAAUCAGAGAGUGUGUGGGCUGGCGGAGUUCGGUUACUUUGAUGGCGAGACGGUUAUCAUGGCUGCGGUGAAGGCGCACCCGUCUGCCGAUAUGCUGUCCCUUUUGAUCGAGCUCAAGGCCGAGGUGCAGAAGCCGGCUUCCAAUGGACUGACCACUGCCGCCUUGGUUCAGUCGCCAGAGCAAGUGCACGUGCUGGCUGGUGCAAAAGCUGAUUUGGAUCGAGGGGCACAUCCCAUGUUUUUAAGACCUCUGACAGGGGUGGCGACACGGGCAUCUGCCGAAACGGUUGCUGCCAUGCUUUCUGCAAGGUGCAACCCCAACCCCGAAUUGGGGGGAAUUGGGCAUGGCCCGCUUCAUUCUCUGAGCAUAGUCGCCCAUACAAAUGCGGACGCUGCAGAAACUACGCGAUUGCUGCUGGCUCAUCGUGCGGACGUCAACGCACAGAUUCGACCCCGGGGUCGUUAUCGCCUUCUGUGCGCAGCUGCGCGGGCGGCGUGCAUGGUCCAUGGUUUUAAGAACAGUUCCACGACGAUUCGGGUUUUUGCGAGUUUCUCGGGGCUCACCCCCUUGGGCGGUGCUGCGCUUUCGGGUUGCGAGACAGUUGCCCAGAUUUUGCUGGAAGCGGGGGCGAAGCCCAUCGCCAACGACCGAGGCGAUACGCCGGAAGAUCUGGCUGCAGCCAGUCAGCACGAGGGUGUUCAAUGCAUCCUCUCCACGGUCAGUUGCGUGCACACCACGUUCCCUGUCAGAUUCGUCAGAGCGCAGGAAGCCGGCGUGGACUUGAUCGAGAUUGUGGGAUACGAAGGGUCGAUUGCUGGUGGUCAACCUGGCGACGAGGUUGGUGCCUGGGUGUUGUUGGCCAAGGCCACGUCGAUGUUGAAAGUGCCGGUAAUCGCAGCUGGCGCAUCAGGCACCGGGAGGCAGUUGGCGGCUGCUUUGGCCAUGGGAGCUCAGGGCAUCACGAUGGCCACCAGGUUCCUUUGCACUGUCGAGGCCCCCAUCGACCAAAAAGUGAAGGAGACAUUGAUGAGCCCAGAAAUGGACGAGAGGAGUACCACGAUCGUCUUGGGAACGCUGAGCAAUGCUACACGGGUCUUCAAGAACGGCGUGUCGAAGAAGAUUCGCGAAAUCGAAGGUCAAGGCGAUGUGGAUUUUAGCCAGGUGAUGCCCCUGGCCAGUGGCAGCCGGACCAAGAAAAUGUGGCAAGAAACAGGCGACACGGAAGAUGCCAUGUGGAGCUGCUCUCAAAGCAUCGGUCUCAUCAGCGACAUUCCAACAUGCCAAGAUUUACUGAAGCGGAUCGUGGCAGAAGCUGAAGAACGGCUGUCCGUCGGAAUGAGGUGCAUCGUCGCCUCCAAGCUCUGA